CAAAUUCCGGGCCUUUGAGGCUUUCAUAUUUAACGCUGUGGGUAUCGCCUCUUAACUUAUACCGGGCGUAUUCGCGCCCCGCAUGGAGGAAAUCCAUUCGAUAGAAAAUGGCGUUUACAGAUUGAGUUUCAGGAAGUUUUGAGUUGGACAUAUUUCAGGCGUGGCGGUGGAAGGAUUUGAUUGGUUUUACUAACUGAAAUAACGACUAAAGAGGUUUAACGAUGGACAGAUGUGCUAAAGUUGGUCUUGUAUUGUUUUUGGUAUCGGACUUUAUUCAAGAUGGGGCGUGCGGGUCUGAGGACGGCAAAGGGAAUAUUGGCGGGCUGGUGGCAGCCACAGUGGCAGCCUUCUUCUGCCUUUUAGCCAUCGUCAUCAUGAUCAUGGUCGCGUUAUUAUGGCGUGACUGGUAUAUGCAGCGACAGUUGCGGAAGGGGCGGCGGCGCGUCCCCCGGCGGUCCACACGGAAGAGUUUCUGGCGCUCCCAGUCCCAACACAGCCUCACCCUGACGCCUCAGUCACAGCGAAAACUAAAAGUGCGUGUCGUCCCAACGACCGGAAACAAGCACACCAGCGGCAGUGGCGAGCAGAUGCAUGCCGAUGCCUGGGUCACUUCUCUGCCUCCUGUCGUUGCCACCGAGGAGAAGAUUAGAACAUUGCAAUUCGAGCCGGAAGAAGAAGAAGCUGUAAUAGUAGCAGACAUCAUGCCAGACCAAAACAACCUCAGGGAAACACGCCAUCUUCGAUCCACAACACAACCCAAGCACUAUACCCAAGACUUCCUGCACGCGACCACCAAGGCGGAAGUGACGUCUUCACAGCCUACGCAACAAAUCAUUACUCUUACCACCGCAAGUAGAGAAACAAAUCCCGACAUGCGCACAACGUACGUCCCCUUAGGAUCCGAACGAGCAACUCACAGUUACACAAACUUAGGGGUGACGGCACCGGCCGUGAAGAGUCAUGAAUCGUAUCACGUGCGGGCCACACAGAUAUCCCAAACGGCGCGGCCCACCAGCGACCAACAGAGUGACAUUUUUAUUUCACCCCUCAUUCCGGAUACAAGCAGGCCACAAGAUGCAGACGUAAUUAUUUUCGAUUCAGAUGACGAAGCCGGCAACAUACCGAACAUUUAUGGACAGAAGGGCGAUGUCUUGUAUUAGGCAUUCAGUCAUCUCUGUAGUUGCAACUGUUCCUGACCAAAACUGGUUCUUUUAUAGACCACGCAAACGAUGACGCUUAUCAUGACAAAACUUGUGCCAAGACGUUUUAUAUGAUAAAUACUCAUUCCGGGGAAUAUUUUGCCCGUUUUGCCUUGAAUAUAUCGUAAAUUGUUUUCCCAUGUUAUUACAUGUACAUAGAUUACUAGUAUGCCAAUGGUAUGCAACAUAGCUGUUAAUUACUACAAUGUAAAUACAAAUAUGAUCAGAGUUUGGUACAUUGUUGCUUCAGUAUUUGUACAUAUUUAUUUGAGUAUUAAACAGAAAAAACACCA